GCAGGGCGGAUUAGUUUGAUCAAAGGUGUGAAUGUUUUGCUAGUCCGUAGAAACUCGCUCGUUUCAGCAUUGUGUUUCGGCAUUGUUUAAGGUUUUUGUGAUGAAUACGCGUUGGUAGCGGGACAUUGCUAGAAUGUAGCAUUAAGGGUAUUGAAGUCGCGGCAAUUAGAGUGAUUCGAGUGGACCCAAGUACCAAGUGACGCCCCAAAUCGUUGGAUGCUGUGCUCGCGAAAAGUUAUCAAUGGGUACAGAUACGUACCGUGGCAAGCUCGAUUCGUUGUGAGUAGGUGAGCUAUAUAAUCAUCUUCAAACCCGCCAACUUCGGUGUUGCUGUUGGGAGAUCUGCUCUCAUUCGUGGCUAUUCCACCGAAGUUCUGGAGAAAACAGAACUUAAACCCCCGAAGAACGCCAUCCAUUCAUCGUCUAGAAAGAAUCGCGUGCCUAAGGGGUACACUUCAACCAUUCUGGAGCGGCGCGCCAAUAGGCCACGUGUACUGGAGCGAAUUGAAAGUAAAACCCUGACUUACCACCACCUGAGCCUAGGCGCCUCGGGCUGUUGCGUGUUUCCCGAGGCAAUUUGAAGAACAGUAACCGCACCAUCAUGCCCCGUCCCUCUAAUGCCUAAUUCGAUCUCGUCCGACGACAGUGACGACGAAAGAGCUGAUAAAAAGUAAAACGGCGAAAGGUGAAUGAAUCUGUGGCGCGUUAGCGUACAUGCGGCCAAAUCGGACAACAACGGCGAACGCUUGAGUGUCGUGGGACGACUGUCCUCGUCGCAUUUUCGUAGCUGCUUAGAGAGAAUAGGGUGUCCGAAAAGAUUUCUCCUGCGUCGGUGGUGAAGUGGCUCUGUGGUUACGGGUUGCAGACGGACCAGAGAGAUUACGUAGACCUCAGAAAAACAUCAAGUCCCAGCCCUGCCAGUGCUAACCUGUUUUCAAUCGUAUUCCACCAUCGCGAGUGAACGUGUAUGUGCGCCGUCGUCGUCGGAACUUGUGAAGAAGAGAUCCGGCCCAGUCUUGCCUACGGAGAUAGAGCGUGAUAAUUGAUGAGAUAGUGUUUGGUGGGCCGUAGAAAAGAUUUAAACCUUUUGUGUUGCCACAAUACGCCUUACAACACCGUUUGUUGAUCGUCGUUGAGUAGUGAUCUUCGAUUGUUUGUUGCAACAAGAUUUGGGAGUCUGUGAUUUGCACCACCAGUGUAACCAUGGUGUUGAAUGUGUGAUCAAGCUUUUAUAUUGGUUUCGUAUCGUAUCAUCUGUCUGUGAGUAAAAGAAAGCGCGAAAUAUUUAAUUUGUUUGUAGGAAAUCCAUUCCGGGCGACCGAAUCAUAAACAUGGAGACAAAUUUGGUGCGCGUUCUGGAGGGACAAUAUUUGGACGAAUUGACCAGUGAGCUGUGCGAUUUUACGCUGGAAGAACAGAAUGCGGCCACCGAAGCGCAAGGCGUAAAGCCGCUGGCCUCGUCUGAUUACAUACCGAUCGUCGGCAAGACGGUCACGUACGUAGUGGCCUGCGUGAUCGUGAACGACAGUAACGAGGUGCUGAUGAUGCAGGAAGCAAAAGAAUCUUGCGCUGGCAAGUGGUACCUACCGGCAGGCCGUAUGGAACCGGGUGAAACGAUCGUCGAAGCAGGCGUAAGAGAAGUGCUGGAAGAAACGGGUCUAAAGGUGGAGAUUAAGACACUGCUAGCAGUGGAAACUGCUGGUGGAUCGUGGUUUCGCUUUGUGCUAACCGGCAAUGUGAUCGGUGGUGAACUGAAAACACCUUCCCAAGCCGACCAGGAAUCGAUUCAAGCCAAAUGGUGCCAAAACCUGAACGAAUUGUCGCUCCGUGCGAACGAUAUCUUGACGGUGGUGGAACUGGCUCGCAACUAUCGCAAACGUGUCCCCAAAGAUCCGAACUGGCACCGGGAGAUACUGCCCGCGCGAAAGGCACACUAUAAGAACUAUCUCCGGGUAGUGGUGGCGAUCAAGAACAAAACCACCAACCAGGUGUACGUGUUGCUGAGCGAGAAGACGGCUUACCACUUUCCGACGGUUGAGAUUCAUCCGGGUCGCAGUAUUCAUUCCACGCUGAAGAAGUUUAUGAUCGAGCUGUUCGGUGCGGAUCUACCACAGCACCGACCGCACGGUGUGCUUAGUGUGGAGCACCAUACCACCGACGGCCAGGCAAAUCCAACCGACGGUCUGUGUCUUACGGUGCUGGUCAUCUGCCGACCAUCGAUUGAAUCGGUUUCGCUUAUUGGCAAAUGUAUCUGGCACGAGCUGAGCAAGGACCUUAGUGCGCGGCUGGCAAUGGCGGUUGCCGGUAAAAAUGCCACCUUCCAGCUACACGUGGUACGAUAGUUGGUGAUUGGGCCGGUCGAAUGUAUUGUACAUUGCUUUUACUAUGGGGGAAAAGGUCGAAUAAUUUCUUAAGCAAGACUUCUCAACCAACGUCCAGGCACACGUGGGAAUGGAUGGGAUGGUAAAUACUCUUUAGGCUUUAGGGCUAUUCCUCAAGCGAUUGUUUUUACGUGGAAAAUGUUAUUUGAACGAUGAACAAGUAUUUUAUCUUUAUGUUUUACGAUACGAAAGCCAAACACAACAGCCGCAUACCUUUAUGCAGAUGAAUAUAAUCAAAGUAAUUUCGCUGCUACCA